AUGUCGAAUAGUGUAGCAUCAACCACCGGAGUCCAAGACAUCAAUUUUAGCAACUUCUUAGCCUAUGACGCUUCAGACACAACUUCAAAGCGAAAGAAACUUGCUGAACAGAAUUGCUGUUUCCAUUGCCAAAAAGCACAACUCAGUUGCGACGGUUCUCGUCCCUGCAAACGGUGUAUUAAGCGAGAUCUUGCCAAUACAUGCACUGAUUUAUUAAAAAAAAAGCCAAAAUACACUCAGGACACAAAAGAAUCAACAAGAGGUAUUCUAGCUACCCUAUCCAAUUAUCCAUUCCCAAAUGCAGUUACUGAAGCGUUACAGUCAAUUGACUCUCAUUUUAUCGAUGCCUCACAGUUAUUCAAUUUCUCCCUGGCCGACAUCGAGUUUGGAUCCGAGACAGCAGGGUUAGAAUAUGGCUUUAUUGGGAAUAUGCUACAGACACCAUUAGAUGGCGCGCUAAUGGGACACACCACGCCUUUACCCUCACCCACCACAUCCUCGGUCAACCACCCGUUAACACCCUUCCAGCCAAGCCCUAAUGAUGAGCAAAACAGAUCGUCCACAAUCUUUGACCCCAAUCCUACCCAACUUACCUAUUUUCCCUUUGCAACACCACCCACGCCUAUAUCUUUUGCCCAUUCGAGUCUGCUGGGAAACCCAUCUAGAAUGACCACUGCUUCGCCCGUUAACACCGUCAAUAGUGGGCAGCAAAGCCCUUCUGUCUCCAGACCCCUCAAAACAAAAAGGGAUAGCUCCACUUCCUCGGUCACAAGCGGGCGGAGGAAAGGAAACAGUGGUGAUACCCCAGAAGCAGUAUACAGCAGUGUACGACGUCCAUUUAAUUACGCGGAAGGCUUCCACUACCUUAUUGCAUAUGUCAAAGAAAAAAUGGCGCGCGAAGACUUGAUGCGUAUUAGUCGCUCACUUGCAAUGUUUAGACCGUCCUUUCUUGCGUUAAUAAUGAACCUAACAGAAGAAGACUUGGUGUUUAUGGAAAAAUGCAUUCAAAGAACACUUUUGGAGUAUGAAAAGCUAAUCAGCUUUUCAGGUACACCUACCAUUGUCUGGAGACGGACAGGCGAGAUUUGCUUAGUCGGAAAGGAAUUCUCACUUCUCACUCAAUGGUCAAAAGAUAUCUUGCUUGAUAAAAAGACAUAUAUUUACGAGUUAAUGGAUAAUCAGUCGGCUGUUGAGUAUUGGGAAAAGUUCUCGACUCACGCUUUUGAUAAUACUGACAAGGCGUGUAUAUACUCGUGUAUACUGAAGACACCAACUCAGAAACCUGUACCAUGCACAUUCUGUUUUACAAUCAAACGCGAUAUUUUUGACCUUCCAAGCGUAAUCGUUGGCAAUUUUCUUCCUAUUCUGAGCUAA